AUGAAAGUUACAGCACUUUACGUCUACCCUGUCAAGGCGCUCUGUGGCAUCCGCCUCGACACGGCGGAAGUUGGAGGCCAAGGACUGCAAUAUGAUCGCACGUUCAUGAUUUGCCGCUUCGGCUCCAACGGCGAGCUCAUCAAGGUGCAAAUGUCGGAGCGUGCGGAGUGUGCCCUCUUCCAGCAAGAGAUUGCCAACCACAAGAUCCAUGUCAAAUACGCCCAGCCAGAGGAGCCCGUGGUGGAAUACCACGAGCUUCAGGACACGGUACUGGAAUUUCCAAUAGAGCCCGAGACGGAUGGGCUCGACAGAGCCGAAUUGGAUCUUCACGGGAGCCGCGUUUUGGCAUAUCGCAUGGGCCAGAAGUACGACGCCUGGUUCACGGCCUGCUUCGGGUUCAAGACCACGCUUCUCUACAUUGGCCAGGAGCGCCGUCCCGUCCUCGGCACAUUUUCCCCACGCAACCCCAAGCCCGAGGAGGAGCCCGCGCCGCAAAAGGGCUGGCUCUCCUCCAUCUCCAGCUACGUCACAGGCACCGGCACCGGCGCCGGCCAGGACGAGCCCGAUUGGCUCACAUUCAGCGACUGCGCGCCUCUGUUGCUUACGACCGAGGCGUCGCUCCGCAACGUCCGCGCGCGGGUCGCGAGCGGCGAGGUUGACAUGCUCAAGUUCCGGCCCAACAUUGUCGUCGACGGCGCAGGCGAGUGGGACGAGGACUUUUGGGCGGCGCUGUCCCUCAACGGCGCGCCGGCGCUGCUCCUCACCAAGCUCUGCAACCGCUGCACCUCGCUCAACAUUGACUACAGGACGGGCCGCUACGGCAAGGCUAGCGAGGAGCAGGGUAGCAUACUCAAGGUGCUGAUGAAGGACCGUCGCGUCGACGAGGGGUCCAAGUACUCGCCCGCGUUUGGGCGCUACGGCUUCCUGGACAAUGGCGUGCAGCGGCUGCGGAUCUCUGUGGGGGAUGACAUGGCCGUGACGAAGCGCACGGAGAAGAGGCCGCGCUGGGACUGGCCGAUGAAGCCCAAGGGAGUCGGCAGAUACUACCGCUAUGCGUGA